UUUCUUUCCAAGCAGCGAAAUUUUCAUUUGGAUACGGUCCUCGUUCCCUCCACUCUCUGCACUCCCCGCCAAUAACGGCCGGGGAAUUGGUGGAUGACACAGGAACCCCCGGAAAAUGGUGCAGAAAGCCUAGUUGUUCCUCUCAACAUUAGGGUUGGCUUCAGACACGUCCGGCCAGAAAGGAGCCCCAAUUGCUUCAACGGAAAAUGUCCGUCAUCUCGCCCGCCCUUCCCACUUACUUAUCUAGGGUUACAUCUGGCGGCGCCGCCAACUUCUCCUGCGGUGGAGCAGCAGGAGUUUCCGCGAGUAUAUCGAAAUGUGCGAGAGGGGUCGGCUUGUUGAAAGCAGAACUGGGGGAGGGUGGGAGGAGAGCUUGCGCGAAGAAGGGGAGGGGCCAGACUGCGGUCAUUCACGAGGGGAGGUUCAAGGAUAGCUGGGUGGCAUCGCUUGCCUCUCCGGUCACUGGCCCGAGCGACAGCGGCGAAGAAUCGCCGGCGGAGGAGACGGUGCAGAGAUGUGGUUGGGCGAUCGGCGUCGACCCGGACGUAUCUGGGGCCCUGGCGGUCAUCAAAGGCGAUUGGCCGGAGUGCUCUGCACAGGUUUUUGAUAGCCCUUACUUGCAAGCAUCUGUUGGGAAGAGACUGCGGAAGCGGCUUGAUGCGAAGGCCAUUGUUCAGUUACUCCGUACCUUCAAUGCACCAGUAGGGACCACUGCAUAUAUCGAGCAAUCAAUACCGUUUCCAAAAGAUGGCAAGCAGGGCUGGUGGAGUGGAGGAUUUGGAUAUGGAUUAUGGAUAGGUAUACUGGUUGCCACUGGUUUUUCUGUUAUUCCUGUGCCAUCUAUUCUUUGGAAGACUCAUUUUGAACUUGCAGGAAGUUCCUCAAGUAAGGAUGACAGCAGGAAGGCAGCUUGUGAGUUAUUUCCUUCAUUGAGUUCCAUGUUAAGGAGAAAAAUGGACCAUGGUCGAGCGGAGGCUUUAUUAAUUGCUGCUUAUGGGAAGGGUCUGAGAAGAGUGCAAGAAAUAUCUAGUUCUGACAUGACUUAGUAGGAACCAUUUCUGUUCUGAAUGGGUGCCCCUAUUCCUUUUUCUUCUCCAAUUUCCCCUUGUGAUUGUUGUGUAUUUUUUAUUGGGUUUUUAUCUAUUGAUAUGGGGAAGAUCUUGUUCCCUAGUUCAGUAUCUCACAUCGGUCAAUUUCUGUAUGAUGAUUCUGAUGAUUUUGUUGUGCAAUUGGCAUUUUCAUUUUA